GAAAUUCAUCCGCUGACUCAAUCUCUCUCUCUCUCGCGGUUCUGAUGGAUAUGCCGGUUAUCGGAGCUGAGCCACGGUGUCCGCUUCUCCUAAACCCUAAACCUUCUUCUUCUUCCUCUGUUUCUCCUUUCGCCGUCUCGGCAGCGUCUCUCCGAUGGCGUCGUCUCCUCGUUGCGGCGGCGACGGUGGCGGUUUCUCCGGUCGCCGAUUUACCGGCAAGAAAUGCGGCGGCGAAUCGAACCAAGCGCCACUCUAGAUUUUACUUGGCGAGGAAGUCCGCCAUUGCUGAAGUAGAAGGGUCCCCUGAUUUCCUCUCUUCCCUCCAGAGAUUAGAAAGGGUUUUGAAGGUGCAAGACUUAAAUGUCAUUUUGCGCGAUUUCGGGAAAUCUGGAAGAUGGCAGGAUCUUUUUCAGCUCUUUGAUUGGAUGCAACAACAUGGAAAGACAAAUGUGGCAACUUAUAGCAGCUACAUAAAGUUAGUGGGGGGAAAAAGUACCUCGAAGGCUAUAGAAAUUUAUGACAGCAUCCCAGACGACUCAACCAAAGCUAAUGUGUAUAUAUGCAACUCCCUUCUUAGCUGCCUUGUCAAGAAUGGAAAGUUCGAAAGCAGCAUAAAAUUGUUUGAUAAGAUGAAGCGUGAUGGUCUGACACCUGAUGUGAUUACAUAUAAUACGCUUCUUUCAGGUUGCAUCAAAGUGAAAAACGGAUACCCUAAAGCUAUGGAGCUUAUGGGAGAGUUGCCACAUAGCGGAAUACAAAUGGACAGUGUAAUGUAUGGGACUGUCUUGGCCGUUUGCGCUUCAAAUGGCCUGUGUGACGAAGCUCAAAGCUUUUUCAAGCAGAUGAAGGGUGCAGGCCAUUCACCGAACAUUUAUCAUUAUAGCUCCUUGCUCAAUGCUUAUUCUUCGAAUGGAGAUUACAAGAAAGCUGAUGAAUUGGUGGAUGAGAUGAAAUUUGUAGGGUUAGUGCCAAAUAAGGUGAUUAUGACAACUUUACUGAAGGUGUAUAUAAGAGGAGGUUUAUUUGAUCGGUCAAGGGAAUUACUAGCCGAACUUGAAGCUAGAGGCUAUGCUGAAGAUGAGAUGCCAUACUGUUUAUUAAUGGAUGGUUUUUCCAAGGCGGGAAUGUUAGAGGAAGCAAGAUCAAUAUUUGCUUAUAUGAAUGGGAAAGGUGCUAAAUCUGAUGGCUAUGCCCACAGUAUCAUCAUUUCAGCUUUAUGUCGAAGUGAGCUUUUCGAGGAGGCAAAAGAGUUGGCUUUGGACUAUGAAGCAAAGUAUGGAAAGUGUGACUUGGUGAUGUUCAACACAAUGCUUUGUGCCUAUUGCAGAGCAGGAGAUAUGGAAAGUGUUAUGCGAACGAUGAAGAAAAUGGAUGACUUAGCAAUUAGUCCUGAUUAUAAUACUUUCCAUAUCUUGAUCAAAUACUUCAUCAAGGAGAAAUUGCACGUUCUUGCUUACCGAACCAUGCUUGACAUGCAUAGUAAAGGCCACCGGCCAGAUGAGGAACUGUGUUCUGUCUUAAUCGGCCAUCUCGGGAGGAAGAGAGCUCACUCGGAAGCAUUAUCGGUCUAUAAUAUGCUGAGAUACAGCAAAAGGAACAUCUGCAAAGCAAUACAUGAGAAAAUUCUGCACAUUUUAAUACAAGGGAAGCUACUUAAAGAUGCUUAUAUUGUGGUGAAGGAUAAUGCAAAGUUGAUUUCAAAGCCGGCCUUUAGGAAAUUCGGAAGGGCGUUCAUGAAAGCGGGUAAUAUCAACCAAAUAAACGAUGUCAUGAAGGUCAUGCAUGGGUCUGGCCACAAAAUUGAUCAGCCAGAGUUCGAGAUGGCAGUUUCCAGGUACAUUUCGCAGCCAGAGAAGAAAGAGAUGCUGCUUCAGCUGCUGCAAUGGAUGAAUGGUCAAGGAUAUGCAGUGGACUCGUCCACUAGGAACCUCAUCCUCAAGAACUCUCAUUUGUUUGGAAGGCAACUGAUCGCAGAGAUCUUGUCAAAGAAUCAUUUGACCUCAAGACCACUGAAAUCACAGCCUCAGAUCAAAUCUAAAGGUAAAAGAUAAAUAGGAUUGACAGUUCUUGGCCUGAGAGAAUGAUGGUAGAUAUUAGACUUAUAAUCUUUGACAUUUGCUUUGGUUGACCUUUUUAGGCAAUCAUAGCAACAAAAAAAAAAAAAAACUCACCUCCAAAUUGGUAUCUGUUGAAUUUAGCUGUAUAUUAGGCCCGUAUACGAGAACCUGUAUUUUGGAAAAAUAAAUUAUGAUGCUUAUAUUGAGCUUUUCAUCUUUGCUUUA